CUGGGGAGCAGUACUGUUUUUGUUGUGGUCCGUAACAAAGAUAAAAAAAGACGUAGAACUUUUCAACUUACAGCUUCUUCUGUCUAUACAGGACGUCUUCAAGUCUUGAAGAAGUUUGAGAGAACGUAAGGAGCUACACUACGAAAAGGUAAAGCCUUAAACGUGUGUCCAUAAGACUCUAUCACCGCCACGCAAGACACCUGUACAAACCCGGUCCCGUGUUGAAACAACGCCCGGCUUGAAAUACUUCAACUCCGACACAUCUUGCACCUAGACAAACGAGCAAACAGACCAAGAGAAAAGUUCCAGAGACUCGGUCGCUUGUCUACUUGCGGUUUUCAAGAAGAAGAACGAACAGUUUCUAACAAGAUGGGAGACGAGGUGAUAGAACAGAACGGAGUGGAGCUGUCGAACGUGGAGGCCGGCACUGGUAAGGAGAAGAUCGUGAUGGAGGAGGAUGAGUCGGCUGACGACCGCCCCGCCUGGGACAACAAGAUCCAGUACCUGCUGUCUCAGAUCGGCUUCGCUGUGGGGCUGGGAAACGUCUGGAGGUUCCCGUACCUGUGUCAGAGGAACGGCGGAGGUGCGUUCCUGAUCCCGUAUUUGAUCAUGCUGGUGAUCGAGGGGAUCCCGAUCUUCCACCUGGAGUUGGCCAUCGGACAGCGGAUCCGGAAGGGAUCCAUCGACGUGUGGAACCAGAUCAACCCGUUGCUAGGCGGGGUCGGCGUUGCCAUGGUAGCGGUGUCGUUCCUCGUCGCCCUGUACUACAACGUCAUCAUCGGGUGGUGCGCCUUCUACUUCUUCAACUCCUUCCAGGCGCCCCUACCCUGGGCCACCUGUCCCGGCAAUGGAACAGUCCUGGAGUGCGAGAAGUCGUCCCCUACAGCAUACUUCUGGUACAGGGAGGCGCUGGACACCAGCGAGUCCAUUGAAGACGGAGGGGGGAUCAACUGGAAGAUGAUGCUGUGCAUCUUCACCGCUUGGCUCAUCGUGUGUGUCUGUAUGAUCAAGGGCAUCAAGUCAUCCGGCAAGGCGAUUUACUUUACCGCCACCUUCCCGUACGUGGUUUUGCUGAUUUUCUUCGUGCGAGGAGUUACACUAGAGGGAGCCGGCGACGGCCUGGCGUUUAUGUUUUUGCCUAAACUUGACAAGCUUGCGGACCCGAUCGUCUGGCUGGAAGCCGCCACGCAGAUUUUUUUCUCCCUCAGCGUCGCGUUCGGAGGACUCAUCUCUUUCUCCAGCUACAACCCCAGGAAAAACAACUGCACCCGUGACGCCGUCGUGGUGGCCAUCAUCAACUCCGGAACCUCCAUUUUUGCCUCCAUCGUCAUUUUCUCCGUCCUGGGCUUCAAGGCGGUGACAGACAGCCGCAAGUGCCUUCAGGAGUUCCAGGAUGUUCUGGACACGAGGGUUCCCGGAUUCGCGAGCACCAACACGACUGUCACUGCCGCCAACUACAUGGACUUGUGGGGCGAGUACAAUACUACUAACCCCGCCGUCAGGGACUUCAACUUCGGCUACUGCAGUAAGGAGGGCAACCUCAACAACGCUGUUGGUGGCACCGGCUUGGCGUUUGUGGUUUUUACCGAAGCCAUGAACCAGUUCUAUCCGCUGGAGAUGGGUCCAUUCUGGUCCAUCCUGUUCUUCCUCAUGCUGGCGAACCUCGGGCUGUCAUCCAUGUUCGGCACGCUAGAGGGCGUCAUCACCCCACUGAGGGAUGCCGGGAUAUGGAAAUGGCGCAAGGAGUUUCUUGUUGUCCUCCUGUGUGUGGUCUGUUUCCUGAUCGGGCUGAUCUUCGCACAGUAUUCUGGGAGUUACUGGCUGGACAUCUUUAACGACUACAGCGGAACCUUCCCUCUGCUCAUCAUCGCAUUCUUUGAGAACAUCGCCAUUGUGUAUGUCUACGGCUUGAAGAGGUUAUCGGACGAUCUGGAGUACAUGACGGGUUCCCGCCCGAACAUCUACUGGAAGGUGACCUGGAUGUUCCUGACCCCCAUCUCCAUGCUGGUGAUUUUCGGCGCCACGAUCUACACAGAAGCCACCAGGACCAUCACGUACAAGGGAUGGGAUGCCGCACUGGGCCAGGUUGUCGACAAGGGACCGUACCCGUGGUGGGGAGAGAUGAUGUGCUACGUCCUGAUCUGCCUCCCGUCCCUGUUCAUCCCGCUCGUGUUCUUCCUCCGCCUGACUGGAGUCAUGCCCUACCGCGGGGAGACCCUGAAGUCCAAGCAGGCACGCGUGGUAAAGAGCGGCAGCCGGGGAGCCAUCUCCAAACAGAACCUGGUGACGGAUUCGGUGACCUCCGUUUCAGGCUCCUUGGCGGCCUACCCCGCCAACGGAGUCAUUAACCCCGCUUCCACAGCUUUGUAACUAACCCCGCCUGGUGUCCGUUCGUUCGUUCGUCCGUUCGUUCGCCUCUUCAGUCGCGCAUGUGCAGAAGCUUCUGUAGCCGCCAUCUUCCUUCUUCUGAAAAAAGGACUACUGCUGCGAACUUGGCUGCUGAUGUGUAUAUGCUGUAUAAAACGAGGCUAGAUCUGCAUUUAAACGAGCCAAAAGAGAUUUGAUUCUUGCGAUGAUUAAAAAUACGCACAAAUUUUAUAUCACAGAUUACAGAUUUUACAGCAGAAACGAUUCACGUUCAGUAGAAACGAUCGUUUUUCUUGUUUGAACCUAGUACCUCGAAAUCGCCUAUCGGAUCUACAGGGUGACCUAAAUAUGAAAGAUCGUCUCAAAAAUUGUGUACAAUAUCGAGAGCAAAUUUAUUAUUAAUUUAUUGAUACAUUUAUUAUUGAUUUAUUGAAAUCUGUACAGUUCUAGUCUCUUACAUACAGCAGUUUUCGAACGUACUUAUAGUCCUUUUGAAAAACUGAUAGUUAUUCGACUUCUAGAGAAAAAUAGUGUUACUAACAUAGGCUUUCAUUAACAACUGUACACUGUUGAACACUGUUUCAUUGGAAUUGUGACAGAAAUGUAAACCCAAUGAGAUUUUAAGUUACCUAUAUUCAAGAUGCUGGCGUUGUGAAUAUAGGGACAAGUAUUAAGAUCAAAUCUUUCUUUAUCAAAUAUGAUUACUACAAACUUGUAAAGAAUUUGGAAGGAAAAUAAUACAGGAUUUUUAUGAAAUUUUGCCAAAAUGAGAUGUUUUUGUGCUUCCAAAGAUAUAUACAUCCCUCUGUAUUUAAUUCAAAUGUGCCAACGGUUUACAAACAAACAAAACUGCCAAAGAAGCCAAAAUACAAAACUGCCAAAAUACAAAUUCAGAACUGCCAAAAUACAUAACUGCCAAAAUACAAAUUCUACCUUGGAAGAAUAUUUGGUUGGAAAAGCUACACUGCCAUGUAGUGCUACAUUACUUUUUCGUUUACUUUUUUUUUUUUGAGAUGAAAUUUUGACACAUCACACUUUCCCCAAACUCUCCCUUCAAGCAAAAUGCAUGAGACAUGCAAAAUUCCUCACCAUUUGUAUUUUUAAUUUCUAAAUUCUAUUUUACGUUUUGGUCCGUUCUCAGUGUCUACACUCCUUCCACUUUCUAUAAUGCAUGACGUACUUGUGGCAUGUAGCAUGCUUAUUUAAGGUGUUAAGGUGUAAGUUAACUGGUGUUAAGGUGGUUAAGUUAAACCUAAGUUAAGGUGUUCAGAUUCUUCUUAAGGUGGGUGACGGCCUUUCUCCUGAACCAUCUUAAGUCAACGAAACAAAAAUAUUGACCGGGCGUAUUUUUUAUUACCUCUAUUUACAGCUGAAGAUGCGGUUCUCGGACCUAAAGGCUCACCAGGAAGACAGCGAUUCGGUCAAGGCCAUGUUACCGUAGCAUCAUGUGAUCACCACGUGGCCGUCGCGUGAUCAUCACGUGAUCGUCUCAUGAUCGUCACGUGACGCGCAUGAGAUCAUCACGUGACUGGAGAUCACGCAAAGUUGUUUUCUCUUCGAGGCUGAAAACGAUGAUAUUUACGCAGAAUAUUCUGAAUUUUCAGUCUGGAAAAGAAAACAAUCCCAAAUGCUGUCCAGAAAAGAAGUGAAGUUAUUGUCUUCUGCAAGUCAAGCGGUGGAUAUUUAUUUUCGGCAUGAUAUUUGAUAUCGUUGCAGCUGUAAGGUUAUCCUAGCCUCUACCAGGCUUCGGGAAGCGGCUGGAAAGAAAGAGUAGAAAUUGGCCAAGU